UCAGAGUUCAUACUCGAGUGCGGCGCUGGCUAGAGGCGGACGGCUCUGCAGAGGGUGCGCGCCGCUCGGCAUGGAGGCACGGCUCGACGCGGACCUGUGAGGGACGGCCUGCGCCUCACCGCUGUUGCACGAGUGCACGCCGCCGGGCCGGCCGGCAGCGUGGAGUACCACGAUAUGUCGGAUAUCUCGGGCGAGGAGAACUUCGAUCCAAACUUGGAGCCGCAGCAGCGGUCGCGCGCCAACACCUGGCCCCUGCCGCGGCCCGAGGACUAUGUAGAGAACCAACACCCGCUGGACGACCUGCCCGAGGCGUCGUCCUGGGACAUACAGCAGCAGAACUUCCACCAGAACGCGCCGCCGCCGCCUCCGCCGCCGCCGCCGCCUCCGCCGCCACCGCCGCCACCGACUCUGAUGCCCUCGCCCGGACACAACGGCACCGUAACGGGCAACGGUGGCGGCCUGCUGCUCUGCAAGACGGAGCCGGGCACCACGCCUCUGGGCGGAGACCUGGCUAAGCCGGCAGCUGCCUCCGACUCCACGGCCGUGCUGCCCAAGCCAAAAAACUCGAACCGGCGCAACGCGUGGGGCCCGCACAGCUACGCGGACUUGAUCACGCAGGCGAUCCUCUCGUCGCCGGAGAAGCGGCUCACGCUGGCACAAGUGUACGACUGGAUGGUGACCAACAUCCCCUGGUUCAAAGACAAAGGAGACAGCACCAGCUCGGCCGGAUGGAAGAACUCGAUCCGGCACAAUCUCUCACUGCACAGCCGUUUCAUCAAGGUACAGAACGAGGGCACCGGCAAGUCCUCCUGGUGGAUGAUCAACCCGGACGCCAAGACGGGCAAAUGCACGCGCCGGCGCGCCACGCUCGAGACGUCCAAGUAUGAGAAGAAGCGCGGCCGCGCCAAGAAGAAGGUGGAGCCCAUCCGCGGCGGCCUGGACCACACGCCGAGCCCGUCGUCGUCGCUGGGCGACGGCCUGGACGGCCGGUUCGCCGAGAGUCCGCUGCACCCGACGCAGGCGGGAUUCCUCGGCGGCGACUACCGGCACCGGGCCAACUCGGCGGCCUCGUCGUGCGGCCGGCUCUCGCCGCUGGCCGCCUGGCCGUACCGGCACCGGCUCGACUCUUACCAGCAGGAGCAGCUGGCCGACUCGGUCGACGGCGGCCUCAAGUUCGAGCCGGGCGUGCCGCUGGCCUACCGCGGCAUUAACGGCUAUGGCCUGUACGCCGGCGGCGGGCCGUUCUCGCCCAAUGGCCAUCCCGCCGGCCUGCUGCCCGGGCCCAGCGGCCGGCCCGGCCCCGACAGGCGACCACUACAACGGUCUCCAGUCCGUGUCACCAGCGGCCAGCGUCAGCUCCAUGUCACCCAGCCAGACGGUGGACCACUACGCGCAGGCGGAGGGCCUGUACCACGGCCUGCCGGCCAGCAGCGCCUACGGCGCCUCGCCCAGCUACAGCUCGCCGGUCUCCUCCUCCUACACGGCCUCGCCGUCCAACAUGUUCAGCUCGGCGUCGCCGGCCUCGUCGGGCGGCAGCUACACCGCCGGGGGCUUCGGCAACAGCGCCUUCGCCGCUCCGCCGCCGCCAGCCGGCCAACCGUUCGCGGGCUCGCUGAUGCGCGUGUCGGCGCCGCGGCCCGAGGACCCGCAGACGCCCUCCCAGCUCAUGUCCAACCUGAUGGGCGCGCUGCAGCAGAACCACAUGCCGGUCGACCUCGACCUGGACACGUUCCAGGGCGGCUUCGACUGCGACGUUGACAACAUCAUCAAGCAGGAGCUCAGCAUGGAAGGCAACCUGGACUUCACGUUCAACCAGGCGGCAGCGGCGCAGGCGGCGGCUGCCGCCGCGGCGCAGCACCGCUCCCACCAAGCCGUCGACGGCCGCCACCACGCCGC